UGUUCUUUUCACACAAGAUUUCAAAUGCUGAGUCUUUCUUCGGACGAACGUACAACAACCUAUCGUCGUUAGGUGAGUGCAAAAACAACGGCCAGUGUAUCAUCACUAAGAAAAAUCGAACUUCCUGUAAAAGUUGCCGUCUUAAGAAGUGCCUCAUGGUUGGAAUGUCAAAAAGCGGAUCCCGCUAUGGACGCCGAUCCAACUGGUUCAAGAUCCAUUGUUUAAUCCAAGACCGAGCUGAAACGAACGAACAACUCCGUUACGAAAACAAAGACAUCAAAUCAGAGUACAGAGAAAGCACGUCACUCAUAUCAUCCAAUGGGGUGACGCAAUCUAGUUACGUCAAUGAAGCAGUAAAAUCUUAUAUCCCUUACGAUACUAAAUUGUCACCCAGCAGUUUUAGAAACCGCGAAUCUUCAAAAAAUUCAUAUGAACGUAAGGAAAACAUUGGUCACCAACUUCUUACAUUGCCUCACGUUUCUCCUGUGUCUUCUCUAAAUUCCAAUAAAUUUUUAUUUCACUGUAAUAAUGGUGCUUUUAUAACUAAAACAAGAAAACUCUGGAACAUGAACGUCAAUUAUACCCACUCUCCACGGUUUCAUGCCGAGAACAAUAUUUAUCCGGUGGUGAAAUCGCCAAAAGAGGGCUGGCCAGUUGUCAGGGACCACGGGACAGAUAUGCCUGAGCAGGAAACGCCUAUUGAUUUAACAGUAAAAAAAUCUUCAUCUUCACCAAUUACAAGCCACAGCUUUCUUCUUAUUGAUCAACGAAGCCCUUCAGACUCAACAGAAAGUUCACCAAAUAUGAAUGCAGUAGAAUCACCGUUAGAUCUUACGAGGAAAAUUUGUUAA